AGCCGAACUGACAGCAGCGCCGCAGCAGCAACAAUCGAGGAAAAACAUUUUACCAUGGGCAACGCUCUCAAUCACUAUUUGAAGCCAGAUGUAAUGCCCGGCCCAGAUGUGGUGCCCAGCUUUGAUCCCAUGUUGGGCUUUGGGUCGCGCAAGGAACGCGUCAUGAUAGCUACCGAAGAGGAAAUGGUAUCGGCCAAGCUGACACCAAAGGAACGCGAUUAUUGUGCCCACAAGCUGCUCGCCUAUCGUGGCUGUCGCGCUGACAAAUUCCCCUUCGUCUAUCAGUGUGCGCACGAGAAGCACGACUAUCUCACCUGCGAAUACGAGGACUAUGUGCUGCGCAUGAAGGAGUUUGAACGUGAGCGCCGGCUGCUUGAGCGCCAAAAGCGUCUUGCCAAGCAGGGCUAAACUUAAGCGUUCGGUUCAGUUCAAAGCGACAAGCAGAGCAGGUGCUGCCCAGCAGACCGGAGCAGCCGAAAAUCAACAUUCACACGUUUACCAACUCCACACACUGCCCGUCGCGAGCGAAGGAAAUUUCAAUAAAUACUAUGCCUAGUAAUAA